AUGUGGUUGAUCCUAAGUGUAUUGCUUGCAAUUUAUUUCUUGCGCCAGCUAGUCAACAAUGUUCUACCACAUUUUUUCCUUGUGCCUCCUCAAAGAUGGCAGGAUAAGUUCCUUAAAGUGAUAAGCCAUCAAUUAUCAAUCUACGUGCCUGGACUGACAUUAAAACGGUCUAGUUUAAGAAGACGACUCAUCCUAGCUAGCUCGCAACCUUCGUUCCAUACAAACUUUAUCAAUAACAAAUUGAAACUCACACCGGAGGAUAAAAGUGAUCUGCAUGAAUUUAUGGCGGAAACAAGGAAAAGAGACGUUGAUGAUCCUCAACGCAAAUUAUUGUUUGGAUUUUUCCAUCCUUAUGCAAAUAACGGCGGUGGUGGAGAAAGGGUUUUGUGGCAAGCAGUGAAGGCUACUUUGCUGGCUAAUAAAAGGAAUAUUUGUGUUAUUUACACUACAAACCUCGAUUCUGAACCAUUACAAAUUAUCAAUAAGGUUAAAAAUAAGUUCCAAAUUGAUCAAUUGGAUUCUUCCAGGAUCGUAUUUAUAUACUUGAGAAAGUUUGGCUAUUUGAUAGAUGCCUCGUAUUGGAAACACUUUACUAUUUUAGGCCAGUUUUUGGGGACUUUCCUCCUAAGUAUCGAGGCGUGUUUUGAAGUUUCUCCCGAUGUAUGGGUCGAUACAAUGGGAUUGCCUAGUAGUUAUCUCAUUGCCGGUAAAGUGUUGAAAAUCCCAAUAGUUGCCUAUGUUCAUUAUCCUAUUUUACAAACAGAUAUGUUUAAUAAACUCAAGUAUAAAUCCAUAGUGAGGGAUAUUGUGAAAAUAAGGAGUAUAGGAGAUUUUUCUAGUUAUGUGAAAUUGAUCUAUUGGUCAGCAUUAUACUACAUUUAUAUAUACCUUGGAUCCUUGGUUGAUAUAACCUUGACAAAUGGAACUUGGACAUAUCGUCAUUUAUCGCAGAUAUGGAUUAUGAACAAAGGGUUGGGUAAUAUAUUAGAAAUCUUGUAUCCUCCAUGUGGAACCGAGUUUCUUACAAAUUCUUCUACUUUACUAGAGAGCAAACGAGAAAAUAAGCUUCUAUACUUGGCACAAUUCCGUCCUGAAAAACGUCACAGUUUAAUUUUGAAAGAGUAUCGAAGGUUUCUUUCGAAAAAUUAUCCAAACAUUACUACACCCAAUGAUUUUGGUGGUGGCAGUGGUGGUGGUUUGCCAACAAUAGUAUUUGCCGGAUCUUGUCGAACCAAAGAUGACACAGCAACUUUGGAAUCGCUCAGGAGCCAAGUAGAUCAGCUCAAGUUGAACGAAUUUGUUGAAUUUGAAAUAGACAUUUCCUAUGCUAGAGUUGUGCAAUUAUUGUCAAGUUGUAAAUUUGGAUUAAAUGCCAUGUGGAACGAGCAUUUUGGGAUAGGCGUAGUUGAAUACAUGGCAAGAGGAUGUAUCCCCAUUGUACAUGCUUCAGCUGGGCCUUAUUUAGACAUUGUUACUUCAAGCGACGAUGCUGAUGAACAACGGGGUUUUUUUUUCAAAUCAAUUGAUGAUCCUGAUUUCGAUCCAAGUAUACAAGAUGAAAUUGAAAUUGAAAAUGGAGAGUUGAUAUUUGAUAUCCAAGGAAGCCACAAAUUAUUCCCCACUUUAGAACACCUUUUGACAGAAAUGUUUAUUACAAAAAGAGACUUAUUGACCCUGGAUGCAAAAUUAAGUGCAAUAGCCAAAAGAGGACAGAAAAUACUUGAUGACAAGUUUUCCAAUAAAACUUUUGAGAAAGAAUGGAUAAAAUAUCUUGAAAUAGUUGAUAGUUUGGAGAAAAAGUAUCGAAAUGAAAAGAGAGAUAAGUUGGAAAGGGUAUACUAA